AUGGCGCAAUCACGUAAAAACUUGCCAGAAGUAAAUGAGCAAUAUCAGACGCUCCCACCCACUCACGGCACCUUUCCGACGGAGCUGGUCGAUAACGCUCGAUUGACCAGGCUUAUGGAGCCGCCCAAUUAUUCAACUUGCACCAAUAUUCCAGCAUUCGACGGCAUGACGUAUGCUUUUCCCAGUCUUGAAGCCAAUGACAAGCUCAGGAGACGCUCCCGGCUUCGCGCCGUCCCUCGCUCGUUCCUGCAUCUGGGUCGUCCACUCAAACAUUCUGAUUUGAAAGAGCGGAAAGACAAAGCCUGCUAUCGCAUGCUGAUGUCGCACGCGCACCCAACAUCCUGUGCUGAGAUCGAGAUCGAGAUUUGGAAGAGUGAGCUACCUUCAUCUCGCGCAGAGCUGGCAAUGGAGCCUCGUCUAUACCAUCGGCACUUAGACGCGGCACCUCUCCUCCACUCGCUCAGUCCCCACCCCGUAUCAAAACCCCAUAUCCAAAUCCGCAUCUCUAGCCGCCAUACCAUUCCAAUAGCGUAUGGCCAGCCACAUCAAGUUACCCGCACUCCGCCAGCCACACCUGCGCACGACGCCGAUAUUUUCCCGCACAAAGGCCCUCAAUCAUACCUAACUGUAACGUACCAAGCUAACAAAACCUCGCUAUCCCUCGCCUCGAUACGAAGCUGA